AUGAGUUCCAGUCCCGUUCUGCUAGUGGGACUUAUACCAGGUAUAAGUGCAGGCAACUGUAUAUACAAUGUUUAUAUCUUUAAGGGUUGGAGGAGCGGGUCGUCGUUCAUGGGACAGAUGUUAGCGGUGGCCACCAAUGCCACGUUCUACAGCUACGAGCCCCUCCACAUGUACGGCGUGAAGGUGAUGGACCAGGAUGACGCAACGACCCGCAGUGCUCUGGUAAUAAUGAAGGACAUCCUGCUGUGCCGCCUCGAACGCCACGCGAACCAAGUGGACUACAUGAGCAAACGUAGGUUCUACAUCAACCAGAACGUCUACCUGAGAGACCACUGCCUGAUGAGUGACCCCAAGGGCCGAGCGAGCCUCUUACGGAACACAUCCUACGUGUCCGGAGUGUGUCGCUCUGCGGACAUGAACCUCAUAAAGGUACUUCGUCUCAGCCUGCAGUUCGCGCGACCUCUGUUGGAAGACGAUGACCUCGACGUCCAGAUCAUCUACAUGCCUCGUGACCCUCGCGCCGUCCUCAGCUCGAGGAGGAGAUGUGCAUUUUGCAAAGGUGCAUGUAAGGAUCCUCAGGCGAUGUGCUCGCUCCUUGAGGGCGAUCUCAAGGAGGCUGCUCUGCUCUCCAAGGAAUAUCCUACGAGGUUCAAGUUCUUCCUGUACGACGAGAUCUGCGACAAAGGCCUCUCCGUCCUGCAGGCUGUGAUGACCUUCCUUGACCUCCCCAUGACCGACGCACAAAAACACAAACUGUCACCGAGGAAGACCUUGGGCAUCAGCAGCAUCUCUAGAGCCGAGAUGUGGAGGACGAGGAAUUCCUUCGCCUCAGUCGUGGAGCCCAUCCAGAAGCUGUGCGAGGCCUCCUUAAAGAAGUUGCAACUGAGGGUCUUCGCGUCUCAGGAUGAACUGCAGGAUCUGAGUCGGCCGGUGUUGCUUGGCUCUCCGGAGAUCUAG